GCAGAGUCAGUGUUUACAGGAUUAGGAGCGCUGGCUGCACGAGCUGGCUGCUGUAGCGUGGAGGUGAAAUUAGAGACACUGAGAGGAGGUCGCUGUAGUAGGCUUUUUUUUUCUCUAAAGUUAUUAAAAGUCCUCAAGAACCAAACAAGGGCUUGUCGCGUUUAUGGAAGCUAACAACACACCCGGAGAAAACUGUUAAGUGAUAUGAAACUGUUCAAUAUCGCGGGAAAAGGCUUCUGACUCGGGCUCGCUGGCUUCUGCACGGUGCCUGGCUAGCUAACAGUUAGCUGCAGGAGCUUCUUGGCUAGCGGGCUAGCGAGGUCCAGCCCCAAAUCUGUUUACCUCGAGUGGAUGUGGUCACCCCCGAGCGGCUCCCGACUGUUCUCUGUGCAAAGAAAACAAGAACCAAGACUCCACACUGGCUGCAACACCGCACGCUGUCAGGAAAGCAGCAGGAUGUCCACCGAGGUUGAGUGUAGCCAGGUCGACUCGGGUUUGACAGCGAGCAGCUCCGGCGGGGUGCAGGACAACAACCAAAACAACUCGGAGGGGGCUCACCUGCACAAAGAACAAGAGGAUCAGGCACAGAGGGGCUCGGAGAAGCAGCACGCCGACGGCCACAAACCCGAGGCGACCAAGGGCCAAGCGGACACGCACAAGAAAAGCAGAGAGAACGAUAAAGAAAACGAACGGAGCGGUAACGCUGACUCGGCUGUUGAGGCGGUGAAGAAGAAAGUUGUUGAAGCCCCUCCGCCGAAAGUCAACCCGUGGACAAAGAGGACCACGGGCCGGGUACCGGUCGGCAACAUCAACUCCAGCCCCCAAGAGACAGAUCAGCAAAACGCUUUGAAGGUUGUUCGAGCCAGCAAGCCCAGAACGAGAAAAUCCAGCAAGUCCAGUGACUUCAGCGAUAUCACAAACUGGCCCACACCCGGAGAACUCGCUAAAGAGCAACAGCAAAAUGUCCUGGGCAACAAUGGAAAGAAGCCCUCCUCUCACAGAGAACGGGACAAGAGGAGAGAGCGACCCGACAGAAAAUCAGAGAGCAGCCAUGAUGGAGGUGAGAGCAAGGAGAACAAGGAGGCUCACCUGGAUCCAAUGGAAGAAGCCUCUAAAGAAGGAGAAUCGAAAUCAGGACAGGAUUCAAAGAACAGCAGCCUGAAGAAGAGGGGAGGUGAGGGUAACAAACGUAAGUGGGUUUCUCUGCCGCUGGAGGAAGUGUCCCUGGACGGUGCAGAGAAGACAUGCGGUGGGCGCCCAGCUCAGUCGGACACGGAGCCCAUCAGCGACGCGUCUGAUCCCACGUCGCCCAAUCAAAUGGUUCAUGAUAACAGAGCACGUUAUGACAGCCGGAGUUGGAGAUCCGAGCCACGGGACCACGGAGACGAUACUGGUAGCAUUCGGAGUGACGGUGGCACUGGUCGGGGAGGACUGCGAGGCAGGGGGAAAGGCCGCGGACGUGGCAGAGGUCGCGGACGAGGUCGGUAUGAAUACUCUCUGAAUUACAGAGACACUCGCACAUCCGACGGCUCGGCUCAGGCCCCUACAGAGUUCGGUACCAACAUGGUUUACUACUACGAUGACGGCAAUAAGGUCCAAAUGUAUACAGUGGAUGAAAAGCUUCUUAAAGAAUACAUCAAACGGCAAAUUGAAUACUACUUCAGCAUCCACAACCUGGAGCGGGAUUUCUUCUUGAGGAGAAAAAUGGACGCACAGGGCUUCCUUCCCAUUUCUCUCAUCGCCAGCUUCCACCGAGUGCAGGCUCUUACCACUGAUGUCAACCUCAUUAUGGAGGCUCUGAAAAGCAGCACAGAAGUGGAGCUGGUGGAUGACAAGAUACGCUGUAAAAUCGAGCCUGAUCGAUGGCCCAUCCCCGCCCUUCCCAUCGUGGGUUCCCCUCGCACCGACUUCUCCCAGCUCAUCAACUGCCCCGAAUUUGUUCCUCGACAGAACCUUAACGCAAUCAAUGCUGCUACGCCGCCUGCGAAGGAGCCUCAGCUUGACUCGGCACAGCUCCCGGCAUCAGCUGAACCCGGCUCCUGCAAACAGGACUCUAACCCAGCCGCAGACAACUCCAAAGAUGCCCCCUCGCCUGCCCCCAAGCCCGACCCCGAGGCCUGGAUCCAGGUGGAGAAACGCCACCGUCAGACCUCUGGAAAAUCAAAGCACGACUGUGAUGAUGUGUGUGCUGCUGGCCCCUCUCCUCCCUCAGAGCUCCAACCUGACCUCCUCUCUUCUGCAGGAGAAUCCAAGGCAACUCCUCUGAGCAUCCAGCCUCCUCCCCAGGCUGAGCCUGACCAGGAGGAGCUGGACUUCAUGUUCGAUGAGGAAAUGGAGCAAAUGGCGCCCAGGAAGAACAAAUUCACUGACUGGUCAGACGAGGAUGACUCUGACUACGAGCUGGAUGACCAAGAUGUCAACAAGAUCCUUAUUGUCACCCAGACUCCUCCCUACCUUCGCAAGCACCCUAGUGGCGAUCGUACCGGCAACCAUGAGUCCCGAGCCAAGCUCACAGCUGAUCUGGCCAAAGCCAUCAACGACGGGCUGUACUACUACGAACAAGACCUGUGGAAGGGAGAGGAGCAGAUCGAGUGUAGCAAGCAGGAUGUGGAGAACUUCAAGAAGCUGAACGUCAUCAGUAAAGAUGAGUUUGACACCCUCACUCCGAAAGUGCCUGUCGAGCCGAACCAGGAAGUCCCACCUCCUCCCAUGCCAGUGGACAGCGGAGCAGAACUGGCUUGCUCUCUCCCUACAACAAUCCCCGAGUCCCCCAGCACUUCUCAACCUCGGACCCCCAGAACUCCUCGCACGCCUGGACGCCAGGACCCCAACAAGACUCCACGCUUCUACCCAGUUAUGAAGGAGAGUGGCACCAUUGAUGGACAGAUGCCAAGAAAGAAGAAGACCCGCCACAGUUCAAACCCCCCUCAGGAGGCCCACAUUGGUUGGGUGAUGGACUCCCGUGAGCACCGACCGCGCUCCGCAUCCAUCAGCAGCUCCAACGCUUCUCCGUCAGAAGGAGCUCCGCUGACAGGAAGCUACGGCUGCACUCCCCAGUCUCUACCUAAGUUCUGGCAUCCAUCCCAUGAGCUGCUGAGAGACAACGGCUUUACCCAGCAGGGAUAUCAUAAGUACCGCCGAAGAUGCCUUAAUGAGAGGAAACGGUUGGGGGUCGGCCAGUCUCAGGAGAUGAACUCCCUGUUCAGGUUUUGGUCCUUCUUUCUCAGGGACAACUUCAACAGAAAGAUGUAUGAGGAGUUCAAACUGUUUGCACUUGAAGACGCCAAAGAAAAUUACAGGUAUGGGUUGGAAUGCCUCUUCAGAUACUACAGCUAUGGUUUGGAGAAGAGAUUCAGGUUAGAUCUCUUCAAAGACUUUCAAGAGGAGACCCUGAAGGACUUUGAGAAAGGUCAGCUGUAUGGACUGGAAAAGUUCUGGGCCUUCCUGAAGUAUUCAAAGAUAAAGAACCAGCCCAUUGACCCAAAGCUGCAGGAGCACCUCUCAAAGUUCAAGAACCUGGAGGACUUCAGGGUGGUGCCUCCGAUGGGAGAAGAGGGAGGCAGGAGGAGACAUCCCUCGUCCUCGGCCGGGGAUGAAGGAAGGCGCCGAAGACAUCCUUCCAACUCUACCUCAAAGCAUCCGCAGGCCUCUAAAUCCUCUCAGCCUGCUGCCUCCGCACAGAGUUCGGCCAAAGACAGCACCCAGAAAGCAGCAGCAGCGGCUCCGUCUCACCACGGCAAAAAGCCCGACAGCAGAGCCGUGAAGAAAGACGGAGUUUCGCCUAACAAAUGAAGCUCUCUCCUCCCGGCGAGAGCGUCGACAUUCAAGGCUUGUGGAGAGACGCGGCGGCGGCUGCUCUCAGGUUACUGCUCGCUCUUCUCAGAGGCAAACCCUUUGGGUAUUCAGAGGUCGAGCAUGGUUGACUUAAUUUGAUUGUUUUCAUCAGUGCAUUUCAGUUUUAAAGGAAGCAAAUGUAGACAGUAAGCUUGAAUAUGUUUGCCCGACAGCUCAUAACGUUUACAAAACAAACAAAAAAAAAAAAAUGCAUUCCCCGCAUUUUGCCUUUUUUCUCUCAGAUGCCAAACUCCUCGAGUACAUUGAUCGCUGUGAACGGCUCAGAUCUUCAAAGAGCUGUUGGACUGUGAUUGUAGUUUGCCAAGAUAAGAGAUACCGCAGAUAGUCUCGUGUGCCUUAAUCUUAUCCAUCAUGAUGUCAAGAGUGUUCAAUUUAUUUAUGGUCUUCCUCGUUGUUUGGGGUCGGAUGGAGCCUAAAAGUGACGCCGCUUGCAGGGAGGGUCGUCAAAUGAAUCGAUACGUCAAUAUAACCCAUACAAAAUUAUUCAGAGAUACUCAUCAGCAACCAAAUCCAUACAAACUGAUCUAUUCUCAUUUGGCCAGAUUGUUGCAUAUUUGCAUGUCGGAAGUUUUAAACCCCUCUAAACACGUCGAGUACAGCAAUUAGAAGACAUAAGCAACAAAUACAAAAAAGUGGUACCUUUCCCUAUGAGGCAGACAGCCAGGAAAGGAAAACAAAUGCCAAGCGAUGCUACAUGAAAUAUCUAAACUACGAGCCAACCCUAUGACACGGGUCUUUAAAAAGCUGCCUAAAAAGGUCAGCUAAUUCAUAUCACUGCUGUGGUAUAAAUUAAUGCAGGAAAAUGUUAAUCAGCUGACAGUUUGUGUGGCUGAUUAAAUAAACUAUUGUCCUUUUUAGUUGUAAAUGCGUUGAAGGCUCAUGUUAUGAUGGAGCCGGACUCAAGCUGACAACAGAAAACCGUAGGAGCCCGCAGCAACCUAAAGAAAACAGAACUUAAACCACAAAGGCAAAUUGUACGGAGCUGCUGCUAAACACAUUUGCAUGAACCAGAUCCGUGUUUACGUUGCAAGAAAUAUGCUCUGUACGCGGCAGAUCCAUGUUUGCUUUGAAACACAAUUCAUUUUAGUGUAGACGGGUCCUCCGUUUGUCCCUCAGUUGUAACAUUUAAUUGUAUCGUCAGCAAAUCGACAGUCAAAUGGAAGCACGCGGUAACACACUAAAGAUUAUUAUGAUCAAAUAAAAGUAUUACAUGACUGAAUUAAAAAGUUACACACUUCCAUAAAGGAUCUUAACACCUUUACUAUUCGUGUUAUCUUAGCUACUGGUUUGCUAAACAGGGAAGUGACACAUGAUAUAUUUCUCUAAACAAGGGCUGAAUUUCCCCCGACUAAUUGGUCUUGCCUGAAUUAAGUGAACAUUUUGUCUUAUUGUAAUUAUAUCUGUUGCUCUUAACCACGAAGAGGCUUGGACCUGGACAAACAAUGUUGCCGCAGUAUCUGAGAUGGUGUCGGGUAUCGUUUUUAGUAAUUUGUACGGAGCUUGAAACGAAACGUCGGCGUCGGGACGACCCUGCUUGCAGGCUGCACACACCCAACGUCUGCCGUCUUCACGGCGACGAUCGGGUCGACGGGUGCGGCCGCGAAUUUGUGAAGGACUGACCCUGAGGCUGCCCCGCUCUAACAGAUGUUCCUCCGCCCGACCGCAGCAUAUCACAGCGAAAACUAAAAUGUGCCGUUUUAAAUUAAGACGCUGCAGAAAUCAUCCCUUUUUAUUUUCCCCGGGAAGCUUCAAGUCCCAUUUUACACCCAGAGAUGGCUUAAUUUAUUGUUUUAUUGGUUUUUAUUCUUCCAUUGACUUGAUUGAUAUAAUAGUCUUAGGUGAUCAUUGCAGUUUUUAUUAGCCUGCGCAUUGAAUAUGAUACAAAAACAAAUGUGUCUGCUGGAAGUAUGGUGUCAUAAAACUACAGUAUAUUUUAGCUUAAGGUUUACUUCCUUAUGUUUGAGGCUUGGUGCUCUAGAGCACUUUAAAUGUUAACUUUCUUUUACUUCAUUGGACAAAAAAAAGGUUCGAGUUGAAUUAUAACAAAAAAAUG